AUGGAGACGUCAGCCGAAGCAGCAGCGGAGGCUCGGAAUGGGCUGCGGCGAAUCUCCUCAGACGGGGAACCUGGGGGGAAGGUAGCUUAUCUCGAGCCGGAGCCGGCUCGGGUUUCGGAUGUUGGCGAGGCGGGAGCUGGCGAAUUGUUAGAGGACGACGAGGAGGAGGCGGAGGAAGGGGAGGAUAACGAGGAGGAGGAGGAGGAGGAGGAGGAGGAGGAGGGAGAGGAGUCGGACCUAGCUUCCGCAGAUGACGGGUCAUUCUUCGGCAUUGGCGGGGAGAGGGAGCUCGUCGCCACAGCGCAUGAGCAGCCGCUAUCACCGCCGCCGCCGCCGCCGCUGGCUGAGUCGCCAGCGGCGCCUGGCGAGGAGGGCGCGGGCUUGGCGGAGGAGGGGGGGAUGACGACAGCAGAAGGGAGAGGAGGCGUUGCGGGAAAAGGCGGGUUCGACAGGGAAGCGGGGAAUGCUGGAGACGGGGGAAACGCAGGGGACACGGGGAAUGCAGACAGGGGAAACGCAGGGGACACGGGGAAUGCAGACAGGGGAAACGCAGGGGACACGGGGAAUGCAGACAGGGGAAACGCAGGGGACACGGGGAAUGCAGACAGGGGAAACGCAGGGGACACGGGGAACGCAGACAGGGGAAACGCAGGGGACACGGGGAAUGCAGACAAGGGGAACGCAGUGGAAAUCGGGAACGCUGACAGGGGGAACGCAGGGGAAAUCGGGAACGCUGACAGGGGGAACGCAGGGGAAAUCGGGAACGCUGACAGGGGGAACGCAGGGGAAAUCGGGAACGCUGACAGGGGGAACGCAGGGGAAAUCGGGAACGCUGACAGGGGGAACGCAGGAGGCGGGCGUAGGGGGAGGGGGAACGCAGGUGGGGAGAACAUAGACAGGGAGAGUGCUGGCGGGGGGAAUGGAGGGGAUUGGGGAACACAGUUUUGUUCGAGGAGGAGGAGGGGAUUUGGCUUGCCACAUAAGGAGAGGAAGUAUGGGGGUGAGGAAGGGGGAGAAAAGGGACACGAAUUGGGUUCCUCCUCCCCCGCCCUCCUCUGCCACUGCACCUCUCCCCCCACAGAGGGCCAUUUCCCCCAGCACUGGAGGGCCAUUUCCCCCCAGCACUGGGUGCACGAUGCUAUCGAUGUCCACUGGCUGCUUUUGAGGCGCCUCAAGACUCCUUCCAUCCCCAACCCCCCUUUUCUCUCCCCUGUUCCUCCUCCCGAACCGCCCUCCUCUGCCACUGUACCUCUCCCCCACCAGAGGGCCAUUUUCCCCAGCACUGGGUGCAGGAUGCUAUCGACGUCCAUUGGCUGCCAGAGCCCCCUCUCAGGUACGCUCGACUGCAUGCUUUCCCCCCACCCCACUGCAUGCUUUCCCCCCACCCCACCCUACUGCAUGCUUUCCCCCCACCCCACUGCAUGCUUUCCCCCCACCCCACUGCAUGCUUUCCCCCCACCCCACUGCAUGCUUUCCCCCCACCCCACUGCAUGCUUUCCCCCCACCCCACUGCAUGCUUUCCCCCCACCCCACCCCACUGCAUGCUUUCCCCCCACCCCACUGCAUGCUUUCCCCCCACCCCACUGCAUGCUUUCCCCCCACCCCACUGCAUGCUUUCCCCCCACCCCACCCCACUGCAUGCUUUCCCCCCACCCCACUGCAUGCUUUCCCCCCACCCCACUGCAUGCUUUCCCCCCACCCCACCCUACUGCAUGCUUUCCCCCCACCCCACUGCAUGCUUUCCCCCCACCCCACCCUACUGCAUGCUUUCCCCCCACCCCACUGCAUGCUUUCCCCCCACCCCACUGCAUGCUCACUGAGUUCACACUCCUGAGUUCACUGGGACGGCCGUCUUUCCUCUCCCACCACCACUG